GCGUCCCGAGCUCGCGACAAUGAGCAGAGGCGAUAAAACUUAAGUGUGUCUUGUUUCCAACAUGCUGUGCAGCCCGGCCUUCUUCUGAGUUAGAUUUCAAAGGAAAAGACGUGCAAAAUGCAGUUAUUUCCGUGAGCCCUCAGAGAAUGUAACCCGACCUGGGGAGUGACCGGAGCUCCUGAGGGAAAACUGGGGCAGGAUGACUGUGGGGAUCUUUGCAAAUUGUACCUUCUGUUUGAAACUCAAGCACUUACCUCGUCAACAGAAGAAAAAGCUACAAACUGACAUCAAGGAAAAUGGUGGAAAUUUUUCCUUCUUAUUAAAUGCACAGUGCACGCAUGUCAUCUUGGACAGCGCUGAUGUUCUGAGCCAGUAUCAGCUGAGCUCCAUCCGAAAGAACCGUAUCCAUAUUGCCAACCCAGACUUUGUAUGGGACUCUAUCAAAGAGAGGAGACUCGUGGACCUAGGGAAUUACGGUCCCAGGAAGUCACUGGACAGCACACCGACUCCUCGUCAGAGGGCGAGCAGCGCUGGAGUGAAAACUGGUGAUGUGUCCCUGGACAGUUCCCCGGAGAAGGAAGUUGUGCAACUCACUAAGUUUUAUGCAGAGAAUGUUGAAAUUCCUCAUUUUCCUCAAGAUUUUGAAGUUGCAAAAUACAACACCUUGGAAAAAGCGGGGCCGCAGCAGGGCACAGAGAGGGCAGUGGUGGAGCUGCGGUGCUCCCAGGACCCUGGGGACCACACCUUCCUGAUAGCCGCCCACUUCCUCCAGGCCGACACCGCCAAGACUAGAAGACAAUUCUCUGUGAAGGAGACGUCAGCAGAUGCAAGCGAAUACUACGAAAACUACAUUGAAGAGCUGAAGAAACAGGGAUUUCUACUGAGGGAACAUUUUACACCUGAAGCAACCCAGCUAGCAUCCGAAAAGCUGCAAACGGUGGGGCUGAUUUCUUCACGUUACUUUGUGUCACUAACUGAGCACGUGAGCAAGGCCGAGGGGACCCUCCUUCUAGUAAAGGCGGCACUGAAAAACGGGGAGACCCAGGAGCGACUGCAGACGAUGAUGACCGAGUUCUACAGGCUGAUCCCCCACCGGGACGCCGCAGCGGGAAGGGUCACCCUGAGCCUGCUGGCCAAGAAGGAGGACCUCUGCCAGCUAAUCAGAGACAUGGUUAAUGUCUGUGAAACUAAUUUGUCCAAAGCCAAUCCGCCGCCUCUUGCCAAAUACCGAGCUUUGAGAUGCCACAUUGAGCAUGUUGAGCAGAACACAGAAGAAUUUUCCAGAGUCAGAGAAGAGCUACUGCAGAAUAACCACAGUAAGAGUCCAGGGAACAUCUUGCAGAUAUUUAGAGUUGGCCGAGUGAGUGAAACCACGGAGUUUCUGAGCCAGCUUGGCAACGUGAAGGCCCUGCUGCACGGAUCUCCCGUGCAGAGCUUCGUGGGGAUCCUGUCCCGUGGGUUGCUUUUACCCGAAGCCGUUGAAGAUCGUGGCGUGGAGAGAACAGACAUCGGAAAUCUCGGGAGUGGAAUAUACUUCAGCGACUCGCUCAGUACGAGCACCAAGUACACACGCCCAGGACAGACGGAUGGCACCAGGCUCCUGGUGGUCUGCGACGUGGCCCUGGGGAGGUGCGCGGACCUGCGUGAGAAAGACUUCUCCUUGACGGAAGCUCCACCCGGUUAUGACAGCGUCCACGGGCUUCGCGGAACAGCCGCUGUCCCCACGGACUUUGAGGAUGAUGAAUUUGUUGUAUAUAAAACCAACCAGGUGAAAAUGAAAUACAUUGUUAAGUUUUGUAUACCUGGAGAUGAAGUAAAGGAUUUUCAUCCGUGUGGUAAUACUGAAUUAGAAGAAUACAGACCUGAGUUUCCAAAGUUUUCUAGGCUUGAAGAUCACCAGUUACCAGACUCCAAGCCCUUUCCCGACGUCCAGGCCGGCCUCCAGGACCCCGCGGGGAACGUGGUUCCUCUUGAGGAUGUUCACAUCAAGGGGAAGAUAAUAGACUUCGUAGCCCAGGUCGUUGUUUUUCAGACGUACACAAACCACAGUCACGUGCCCAUCGAGGCAAAGUACGUUUUUCCCCUGGAUGACAAGGCCGCUGUGUGCGGGUUCGAGGCGUUUAUCGGCGGGAGGCACGUGGUGGGAGAGGUAAAAGAGAAGGAAACAGCCCACCGAGAGUACCGAGAAGCAGUCAGCCGAGGCCACGGAGCGUACCUGAUGGACCAGGAUGCACCUGACGUUUUUACCGUCAGUGUUGGGAACUUGCCUCCCAAAGCUAAGGUCCUUAUCAAAAUCACCUACAUCACAGAGCUCAGCGCCCAGGGGGCCUGCGCGGUCUUCUUCCUUCCUGGCACCGUGGCGCCCUGGCGGCGGGACAGAGCUCUCAACGAAAACAUGCAGGAUGCAGUAGAGAAGAUUUAUGUAAAGGAAAUAGGAGCAAAGCAAAGCUUUUCCCUGAGCAUGUCCAUCGAGAUGCCGUACGUGAUUGAGUUCAUCUCCAGUGACACGCACGCGCUGAGACAGAAGAGUACAGACUGCAAGGCUGUGAUUAGCACUGUGGAAGGCAGCUCCUUGGACAGCAGUGGGUUUUCUCUCCACAUUGGUUUGUCUAAUGCGUAUCUCCCAAGAAUGUGGGUCGAAAAACAUCCGGAGAAAGAAAGCGAGGCCUGCAUGCUUGUCUUUCAGCCAGACCUCAGCCUCGCCCUCGCUGAGCGAGCUGGGGCGAGUGAAGUGAUCAUUUGCCUUGAUUGCUCCAAUUCCAUGGAGGGCACGACGUUCUUGCAGGCCAAGCAGAUUGCGCUGCAUGCACUGUCCUUGGUGGAUGAGAAGCAGAAGAUAAACGUCGUGAGGUUUGGCACAGGUUACAAGGAGCUGUUUUCAUACCCGAGGCACAUCGCAGGCAGUGACACGCCCACAGAGUUCAUCAUGGCUGCUGCACCCACCAUGGGAAACACGGAUUUCUGGAAGCUGCUCCGGUAUUUGGCCUUGCUGUACCCCGCUCAGGGGUUACGGAGCAUCCUCCUCAUUUCCGACGGGCACGUCCAGAACGAGAGCCUGACGCUGCGGCUCGUGCAGAGAAACGCCCAGCACACCAGGCUGUUCUCCUGCGGCGUUGGUUCUACAGCAAAUCGUCAUAUCUUAAGGACUUUGUCCCAACAUGGUGCUGGAGUAUUUGAAUAUUUUAACUCAAAAUCCAAACAUAGUUGGAAAAAACAGAUAGAAGACCAGAUGACUCGGAUGCGUUCUCCGAGUUGCCACUCAGUCUCGGUCAGAUGGCAGCAGCUGAGCACAGAAGCCCCCGAGCCCCUGCAGGCCCCUGCCCAGGUGCAGUCCUUGUUCCACAGUGACCGGCUCCUCGUCUACGGGCUUAUUCCUCAUUGCACGCAGGCAACACUGUGUGCAUUAAUUCAGGAGAAGGAAUUUUCUACAGUGGUGUCAACUACUGAGCUCCAGAAGACAACUGGAACUAUGAUCCACAGGCUGGUGGCGCGUGCUCUGAUCCGAGACCAUGAAGACGGCGUCCUCCACGAGGAUGAGAGGACUCACGAGAUGAAGAAGCAAACCUUAAAAUCUCUGAUUGUUAAGCUCAGUAAAGAAAACUCUCUCGUAACACAGUUUACAAGCUUCGUGGCUGUUGAGAAGAGGGAUGGUAAUGAGUCACCGUCCCCCGACAGUCCAGAUAUUUUGGAACUUAUCGCCCAAGAAGAUGUAGAUUUUCUGCCGUACAUGAGCUGGCAGGAGGAGCCGCGCAAGGCCAGCACGAGCCAGGGGAGCAUUAGCUACCAACCUCUGUCAUCUGUCUCUGAAUGGAACAAAGACCUGAAACUCAAACUUCGGAUUAAAAGAUGUAAAUCGUCGAAGCUGAAAGUUUCUAAAGAUUCUGAAGUGGUUAGCUUAGGUUCCCAACCACCAGAAGAACCUGGAACACUCAGUUCUGAGUGCAGGGGUGUGGAGAGGCUAUUGGAUUUAAGUCAGAUGGAGUCAUUUAAGCAAACAGAAAUUAAACCACUAUUUACAAAAGCCAUUUCACAAAAAAAACGGCUGUUUCCAGUGUUUUUGCCGCCCCUGGCUCGUCCCAUCUCCUGGCGCCCGCCUCUGUCGGCUCUGCUCCGCCCUGCCCUCCCAACUCAGCCCCUCAGAGCUCUCUGUUUGGUUCUCCUGAGGAUCCCCAGCAGUUGUUCGUGUCCUACAAGGAUGGCGAGGCUGAUGAGGACCUGGGGUGGGACAGCUGCGCUGACGCUUCCCAUGAGCAGGGUCUCCUUCGCUGGAUGUCUCGCCAGAGCCCAGUUUUCAAAGUCUUCGCGGGGUGCCCUCCUCCGGGUGCCUGGUUUACACCACAGCCCCCUGGAACUGAGCCAGGGGGCGCCCCCUGCGGCCCUGCCAGUUUCCGCCCGGAGCUGGACUCUCCCCUGCAGCAGCAUUGUUUUCCCCCUCCUCCCAGAGUUCCUCCCCCUGUUCACCGCGGGGUUCGGCUGUCACCACCCUGGUCUCUAUUCCCAAAGCUCCCCAGCAUCACUGAGUGCCAGUUACCAGCGUCCAGGAGGUCUGUUUGCCCUCACUAGCCAGGAACCGGGGGCUGCUCCUCCGGUAGACAGUCCUCCCAGAGCUGCACGGUCAGAGCCUCUCCAAUGUGACUUUUCACGUCAUAAGAGUUCUUCUAAAACAGACAUUAAGAAAACACAGAGCUCCCUGGUGAUGAUGUUUAAGGUGCAAAGUGGGGCACAGUCUGACAGAAGCAGCGGUGACUUUGCCACAAGCUUUCAGGCACGAAAAGAUGAGGAAGGCAGAGCCUGCGGACAGAGCUGGAGGCGUCCCGUGCCCUGGGCUGAACUCUUCAGCCUGCAAACUAAGGAUGGCUUCUGGAAACUUACACCAGAACUGGGAUUUAUAUUAAACCUUGACAUAAAUAUUUUAAUCAGUUUUCUUGAAAAAAAAGGCAUACGAUCUCUAGGUGUGAAAGGAAGAGAGCGGCUCCUAGACCUGGUCGCCACGUUUCUCGUCCUGCAGUUCCUUCGCUCCAGGCUGGAACGGCAGGGAGGAGCCUUCAGGUCACUGAUGAAACUGGAUGACGCUUCUGUUUCCAGGCGUAUCCCCUGGGCUUUUGAGGAAAUACGGAAAGCAAGUGAGUGGCUAAGAAGAACUGAAGGACAAUAUCCCUCCAUCUGCUGGCGGCUCGAGCUGGGUAAAGACUGGGACUCGGCCACCAAACAGCUGCUGGGGAUGCAGCCUGCAGGCACCACUGCCAGGCCUCACUGGCGGUAACCACUGCCAGGGCCGAAGCAAAUGACUGCAGUUUAAACUUUCUUUCUUCAUGCUUCUGUGUACAAAAUAAUCAGAUAUUAAUGGAUACCUAUACCAAAACUUGUGGUUUUAUUCAAUGUAGUGGUCACUUUAAAAUCAGUGGAAGCAGUCUUUAUUGUUGUGAUGAACUAACAAGCAAUUACAAAAUAAAAAUUUCAAUAUGGCAGA